AUGUCUUCAUCGGUGGCAAGCACGAACUUUUGCGUAUUCUGCCUCGUCCCACUGACCAAGGAGGCGGCCAGAAGCGUAUGCAGAUACUACCGGAAUAAACAUGCUACCGGUAGCAUGGCGUUCUUUCGCGAUCAGAAAGCAAAGCGCGACGCGCGGGCCAUUGCCUACGUCGGCGAUGAAGAAGAUGACGAUGUGAAGUUGAGUAGGUCUGAUUAUAGAACCGGCUGCUUUUUUACAAUCACCGAGGCCGGCGACCUGAUGGUCUGCGACGUGAGCGACCAAGGGCACCCGACGAGAGUGCUGGCAACGCCGACCGGGGUGUCCGGCAAGCGUGGUGAAGGGAUCGCCCUGCGCUGCGCGGGCGACACCUGCGUGCUGCCCAUGACCCCCGAGUUCUACUACACCAUCUCAUUUGACAGUGGUGAAGAAUUCUCUCUGUGCUGGGGCUUCCCAGACUUGGGUUGGGAGUCCGUGAGGAGAAGGCGCCUGUCGCUCCGGGCGGAGUACGAGGCCCGGGACGCGGCGUCUUCGACGACGCGGGGCAAGCGGCCAUUCCAAGCGCUGGGACCACAAGACUAUGAGCCUGUGACGUCGAGGACGCCGCUGACGUCGCACGUCGGGGCGCAGGGCCUGCCGCUGCGGCGGAUACACACCUACAAGCAGCUGGGGGCCGGUGUGACGGGCUCCGUUUUCCUCGUGGUCAGCCUCCGCGACGGUAAAGAGUACGCGAUGAAGACGGUAAACUCACAAAGGAAGGCGUUGUUACCGGCGGAGAGGCCGUAUCUCAUACGCGAACUCAAGAAAGAGGCGCUCGCUCUCGACCGGCUGCGGCAUAGCUGGUGGACUCCAAAUAGUGACCCGCUGCUUUGGAUGCCGCUGUGCGACGGCAACGCCGCGGAGCUCGUCAAGGGGCACGCAUGCAUAAAGAUGGAGCCGGCGCCGGAGAUGCUGCCGCUGGUCAAGCCCUUCCUGGUGCAGUGCCUCGGCGCGCUGCGGUACAUGCACCAGCGGCAGCUGGUGCACCGCGACCUCAAGCUCGCCAACAUCCUGUACCGGCGCGAGGGCCCGGGCGUCAUCAAGUUCUACUUGGCGGACGUGUCGCUCAUGGCGGACACGGCGACGGCCGAGCGCCAGGCGCACGUCGGCGACCCCACGUAUCGGCCGCCAGAGCACCAGCACGGCCCGCGGCCAUCGGGCGAAAAGUCGGACAUUUACAUGUUCGGCGUCGCGCUGCUCGAGUUCCUGGGCAUGGUGUGCCCGAAGGAGUACAGGGCGUCGACGUUUACCGAAAGCGAGUGGCGCUGGAAGCUGGACUUUUCCGGCGUGGGGCGGAGCAACUUCAUAGAUAGAUCGGGAGGGCAGGACUUGUGCAUCAACGGGAGGCUGUUUGAGGCGUGGAUCCUCGGGUUGUUCAAGAAUGAGGCGCUGAAGAGUAUGCUGCACUUCAGGCCGGAGGAACGUCCGACGGCCGGCAAGGCGAUGAGGGAGCUGGCGGAGCAUUUCAAGUUUGAGAUUCCGGACGAGUUUUGGGAGCAGAGUAACAAGUAA